AUGGAGCCGGCCGCCUUCGUGGCCGAUAUCCGCCAGAGACUGGGAGAAGCGGACAGCCCAACAGACACGGAUCGCCUUGGCUGGGUAGCAUCCGACCUGGCCGUCACGGCCCUUGCGGAGGCAGCCAAGGCCAGCCUCGCGGCAGCCACAGCCUACACUGAUGUCAAAGCUGGGCACCUUGGCACUGCUGACGCAUGCCGGGCCCAGAGAGUGCGGUUUGUGCCGCUCGUCGCUGAGACGAUUGGCGCAUGGGAGCGGACGGCCGCCAGGGCCCUCCUGCACGUGGCGCAGGCCGUUGCUUUUCGUGAAGGUGGGAAGUGGCAGCCGUGCAUGGCCAGCUAUUGCAACAUCUGUGCGCCCUCGCCCGACACAGGGUUUUGGCGGCCCUCCGCAGGAGUGUGCCGGGAGCUUGGAGCUCGGACGGGGCGAGCCCAUGGCCUCGCAAUGCAGCCCUGCAUCGUGCUAUGUUUUCUGCUGGAGGCACAGGACCUUUUCGCUUGCGGGACGGCUCCCGUGCCUCCGCUGCGGGUACUCGCGUUGCCGCAUUGCUUACGGUUCACGCCGGCUGAGUGGCAGACUCACGCAUGGGACCUUUUCGCAUGCGGGAGGGCUCAGGCGGACCGGAAAUCUCGCGCAGACAGAAACAGCCGUCACUCGUCCUCGCUCAUGCAGCCGUCGCUUUCUGAAGUCUCCACCUGCGCAGCCAGAUGCCCCUUGCGUGCUGUAGUUCCCUGGUCUUGUUUCCUGCAGGAGUGCGAGGCCGAGCCUUUUGCGCUAGCGCCUGUGCGUCUUCAAUCGGUGCAGACUCAGUACUCAGUGCAAGUAGCACAGCUCCUGCCCAGUCUGAAGCUCUGGCGGUCGCAAGUCCAAGGCGUCCGUCACUUCAGCGGAUCUCAAGUGUUCCAAAACGAAGAGCAGCUGCCGCCUUUCCAUUGGCCUUGCUGGCCUUGCUUUCACGACAUUGCAUCAUAUUGCAUCACCUCCUUUGCAAGGGCAGGACGAGCUCGGAAACUGAUGCACCACUGCCAUUUUCUCUCGCAGAUUCUCUGCACAAAGUGUCUUGCAGUCACGAACACGGCGCACGAUGUGCAGACAUCGCAGCUGUUGCCAGGUCACACUUGCGGCGAUCGGAAGUCCAAGCCCAUGUCCCUCUCGGUUGAACUCAAGUUCCCCUGUUCAAAGAGCCGUCACCUUUCCCACGCGGCUCAUGCCCACAAAUCCUUCGCUGGCAGUUUCAUGGAUGUUUCUGGAGCUUGGUGCGAGAGGCUUGCAAGGACAGGCAUGGCACACGAUGUGCAGCACACGAUGUGCAGUUGCCUUUGUCCAGGCCUGGUCGGAAGUCCAAGCCGUGGUGCGAUGCAGCCGUCUCUCCUCGCGCAGCUGACUCUGCAGUCGCUUCAGUCUCUAAGUUGUCCAUCACUUUCUGAGUUCUCAACCUGCGCAGUCGGAUGCCCUGUAUGCUUUGUUUCACCCCGUUCCUGUGGCAACUGUCCUGUUCGCCCUUUCUUGGUCCGGCCUGUCCGGCCUAUCCCAUCCGACAGGGGUCAGCAAGUGCAGCGUUGGAGCCUUCCGUGUUGUUGUGCGUUGACGGAAGCAGCGAUACCGGUGAUACCGGCGAUACCCCUGCGCGAAGGUGCAUGUAAAAGGAAUGCCCAGAAUGUUUUUGUUGCUUUCUUCUCGGGUGGAGCGCGGCGAGCGCCGGGCCCAGAGGUGUAUGCGACAUAUGCGGCCUUGGCCGAUUUCAUGUUCCCCACAGCCAGCUUUAGCGCUUCCAGCGGCUCUAGCGCUGGGAGUUUCCAGAUGAUUUUGGGCGGGCACUCGCUCGGCGUGAAUGUGGCCCGGGCAGUGGCAGGGCGUGUGGAGCGCACGGGCAUUGACGUGGUCGCCAUCGUGGCCUUGGACCCACGUAGCUCGGUUUCUUGCUUCCGCCUACAGGCUCUGCAGCUGACAUGUGAUGCAGAAUAUGUGCCCUUUCUGAAGCUGCCGCAGCGGAGUUUUCUGCAAAAGUUCGAGAUGGCCAGAGAAAUGGCCGUUGAGACCUCGAGGAUUCUGUCAGACACCAACCAUUACGCCCUGCCCGGCUCGCACUUCUGGGACAUCACCUCUUGA